GGGUUCCGGUUGGUGCAAACAGUAGGCGUGCGGGGAGGGAGGGCUUAAAAGCUGGGCGAAAAGUUUUGCUUGCCUCGUCUGGACUGGAAGUUUUAAACUUACACUGCCUUUGAGGGAAAUCAUGAUCACAUCUAGCGCGAAUUUGUUACUACUGCUCCCAGAAGUGUUUGGCGAAACUCUGAUAUAGCAGCCAGUUUUCGCCGCAAACUAUGGCCAACGGGAGUCAGACAGAGUUGUAUUUGUCAGAGCGGGUGGUGGUGUUGUGUACCUGCGCUCUCUCCUUCCUGGGCUCCUCUCUCAUUAUCCUCACACACAUUAUCUGGACGGACUUGAGGACCACCCCGCGGAGGCUGCUGGUGUUCCUCUCGGUGACCGACUGGCUCUCGGCCGUCUCCUACGCCUUCGGAGUCUGGAGUGUUUUCCGCACCGACUCGACCGAGUGCGUCGCUCAGGGAGCCAUAUCCACUUUCUCGAACACCAGCAGUUUCUUCUGGACCGUGUCCAUCGCCGUGUACCUCUACGUCUUCAUCGUCAGGUCUAGCCAGAGGGUCGCUGACAGCCUGGUAGUGUUCUUCCACCUGGUCAGCUGGGGCGUUCCUCUGGUCAUCACUGUCACCGCUGUGUGCCUCAGCAAGAUCGGCUACGAUGCAUCAGAGGUGUCUGUGGGCUGGUGCUGGGUCAGGAUCGAGGCUCCGGACCGGGUCUUGUGGAUGCUGCUGACUGGAAAGAUCUGGGAGUUCCUGGCCUACCUCACUCUUCCUGUGCUCUAUAUCUUGAUUAAGAGGCAUAUCCACAGAGCGCAUGCAGCCCUGUCAGAAUACCGUCCCAUCUUGGCCACCAGGCCUCCGUCGCAGUCCUUCUCCUCCAUGGCAGAUGUCAAGCUGACUCUCAUCCCCAUCAUCUUCAUCGUCCUGCGCAUCUGGAGCACGGUGCGCUUCAUCCUGCUGCUGGCUAACUCUCCGGUCAGGCAGAACCCGGUGUUGGUCACACUACACGGUAUCGGUAACACGUCUCAGGGAGCAGCCAACUGCGUCAUGUUUGUGUUCUUCACUCAGCCCAUCCGCUCUCGCCUCUGCACUGUGCUCUGUUGCUGCUGCCCCAGCUGUCGAGCCGAGGCACCGCACUUGGACGAUACCCCACAGCGGCACCAGGCGAGACGGGACUCGAGAGGAGGAGAAGAAGAAAAAGACGGUACCGGGGGAGUGAUACCUCGCCCUGUGACCAGUGAAACCGGGCCGAACCGCUGAGGUGAAGGAAGCGGUUGAGCCCGCGGAGAGAGUGCGGAACGGAGAUACUGCAGAUGCAUCGUCUAGGUUACACACUUGCACUCUGGGUGUUGGGUUGAUGCUACCCACUUGACGACUUCUUAAAAUGAUGUUCUUUUGCUAUGUUUCUUGAGUCUGUUACACCAAAUGAGAGACAAGUUACUGUAGCACCUCUGUUUAUCAUGUACUGUAACUAAGUUACCACUGUGAAGUAACAUUUGGGCAAUCUUCGUAUUUUGUCCAACUGAUUGUGCUUCCAAAUGACAUAAAAGAAGAUAAUCUGUCAAAACAUCUUUACUGUGUUGAAGUCACUGAUUAGAAGGUUUCACAUUACUCCAAAUGCUGCUGCUUGACUUGAAAUGUUGUUUCCUCUUAUUUUAAAAUGUCUUAUUCCAGUCCAGCAGCAGGAUGUUCGGUACUGUAUUUCCACACUGGUGUGUGCUUAAUCUAUGUUCAACUAAAUGUUUCUGCAACCAGAAAAGCUAUGUUGGAAUGUGAAAUAAAACUAAAGUGGGUUAGCUUGGGUGAACUGAAUACAAUACAUAUAUAUCUGACGCUAACAUGAUGUCAGCAGAUGCUGCAACAUGUCCUGGUUUAAUAACUCAUUGUAAGGAUUUAGAAACUCAUGAUGUUUUAAAUGUGCUGUUUUCUAACUUUUGUUCAGAAUUAAGCUGUGGGAUAUUUUAGGGUCUCCUCCACUUUUACUUUUUUUUUUUUUUUUUUUUUUUUCCUGAGACGAAUCGGACAUGUUCUCUGGCCAGUUUAACAUCUACACUCCUAUUGUUGCUUUGCACAAUGGGACUUGCAGUGCAGAAAAACGAAAUGACAUCUUCCUUAAAGCGGGAAAAGAACUUUAUUUCUAGAUCUUGUCUGUGUUUUUUUUUUUCUUCAUAGUUUUAAACCGAUGAGCUCUGGUCUCCCAUUUAUUGACUGCCACUAAAUAUUUUGGUGAGUGCUUUAAUUAUUUUGGAUCAAACUUAUGCACAAUCUUUAAUUUGAGGCUUGACCUACUGUAUUUGUAUUGUAAUAAAUUUCUACUGUUAAUCUGCAUAUAAUUUGAUAUUGUAGAUGAUUAAAACCUCAAAAUACUGAACUGUUUAUUAUAGCUGCAUAGCAUAUCAAAUCUCAGUCAUAAACUCAAUGUCGAAGUGUGAAGUUUUCUUCCGUUUUAUAUUAUAAAUUGAGUCAUUUUUCAAGUUUCUUCCUAAAGAGAUGCCUUAAAUAUCCAGUUUCCUUUGUGCUUAUUGGCGUCCGUGGUGCAGAUAUUUAAACAGUAUGCAAUAAUCUAAUCUUUAAUUUCAGUAUUUUUAAUUUAAAGGGAGAAACUGAUACCGAAAGAGGAAAGAAUAUGUGAAUGUCAGUGGAUUUUAUGCAAGCCAGAAAAUUAAACAUGCAGGGUUUUAACUCAUAAUAGUUAAAUAAUGCCAAGAAUAAUGUGUGUGAGUAAAGUAGACUGUUCUUAUGUUAUCUGUUGAUAUGUCUGCUGUCUGUGUGAUAUUUUUGCUGUGUCUGUGAUUGUGGCUGUAGCAAAUCCAGUUGCCUCAUGGGGACAAUAAACUUUUCUACUGCUGAUGCUUAA